UUCACGCCGUACAGAGUAGAGCAUCUUUAAUCAUGUUCUUCCAAGGAAGCCUGCAAGAUGGCAUCUCGCUCGCUUUGAAUGAGAGAAGGGCAGUUGUCUGCUUCGUUCGAGAUGAUACCCCAACAAGCUCGAAAUGGGAGAAUGACUUCUUUACAGAUGACGAACUUGCGCGAUUACUACAAUCCGGGUCAGUCACCUUACGACUCGAAGCAGGAUCUCGGGAAGCCCAAUUUUUGACUUCUGUCUGUCCGAUUUCAAGCUUUCCUGCUGUGGUUGUUAUCAAGAACGGCAUGUUGCAGGAAUACGUUGUCCCAGAAAUCACAAAGGACGACUUCUGCAGACGAAUAGGAGCUGUUCUUGGUAACAGGUCACUGGAUAGAGUUUCCGAAGUACAGCAGCAACAUUCAGUUACAGGCAACACUAAUAGGACCCCUUCAACAUCAGCAGCUCUGCCAACACCUGCACCUGCCACCUCCAGCCCUCUUCAGCAGCCUCAGCCUGCGACUCAGAUUACUCAUGUUAUUCCAGAAACAGCUGAAUCACAGCACAGUGGACAAAUGCAAGCAGAGACACAACCUGCUGAGAAUGUGCAAGCAUCUCAAGACGGCACGAUCACAUUGAAACCAAGUCUUGAAUCAAAGAAAGAUACUCCCAAAAAGACCAGGCCAAAACAAAAUACCAGCAGCUUUAAGAAAAUUGAUGUAAUCCAGGGCAGAAAGGAGGUUAGGACAUCUCCUGCAAGUCCUGCCAUUGACAAGCCAGUUGGCAAGAGUACCAGUGAAUCUCCAGAAGAACAAGUAAAUCAAACACCAGCACCUCAAGCGCCUCCUUCGAAGUAUCGUCUGCAAGUGCGGCUUUUCGAUGGAACCUCCGUCCGAUCAAGUUUUUCUCCCUCUCAUACCAUCCGCGGGGAUGUGCGGCCCUGGCUGGACGACCAACUCCCUGACAAAACACAGCCGUAUAACCUGAAACAUAUUCUCACACCUCUACCCAACUACACACUAUCGGUCAUGGAUGAGGAAAAAACAUUGCAAGAACUUAGCCUUGGACCCACUGCAAAUUUAGUCAUGAUUUCCAUCCAAUCCUAUGCGAAUGCCUAUGCGCCUUCGGCAUUGAGCCUCCCAGUUAGAGGAGCGCGUACUUUGUACGGUCUCGCAUCAUCGACCGUGGGCGGUUUGAUGGAUCUCGCCUCAUCAUUUUAUGGCUCGCCGUCAGUACCGUCCGAAAACGCAUCUUCCCGGAACACUGGGUCUGAAUCUCCGUCUGGUGAUGAGGUGCGGAGGGCAGGUCAACCAACUACCUCGCAGAGACCGAGGAUCAGAACCUUAAGGGAUCAACGAGAUAAUGAACGGAGUGAUAAUGAAUUUUACAAUGGGAACCAGCUCAACUUCGAGCCGCGAAGGGAUUGACACAAACGAAUUUUAACUUGAGUUUGCACAAGACUUUAAAAAGGCUAGUUAUGGAUAUGGGUUACUUCCAAGUAUUUUAAUACGUCCUUACUGGUGACUUCGGUUAAGGGGAUCAGGGGUCCUCAAUCUUGGAUGACUGUACACCCGUACAGUGCAUAUUUUCUUUUUGUAUGGAAGUGUUGGGUUAAACCUUUCUAACAGUAUUUUACUAAGGCGAGCGCAUAACCAAGAAAUGUGGAACGUGGUCUUCGCUUACUAGGCAAUUGGAGUUCUGAACGUCGACCGUCAGAUCCAAGCAUACAAAUCCACAUUCCGGUACAUUUGUAUGGAUAUAUGCCGACUCGACAAGUAUGACUAGUUGGGCAAGUUAAAAAGGAAUUCCACUAUUCAUGCAACGAAGGCACUGGCCAAGGAUAUCUUUCCAAUUUUUUACCGUACUUGUUCAUGUUUUUUACAGUAUCAUCUCAUCACCAUGCACCUAACCUUUAUGCGCCACCCAGAGAUACCUCAACACAUGGCAAGUAGUUUCGCCAGCAGUUUAGUACUGUCUAGCCGCAGCCUGGCACGCUUUCUGUGCCAUCACAAUUAUACCGGUCAGCUCUUGCUCGGAUAAGCCCAGAGGGGAAAUAUAUUUGAACAAACACGUACCAGCUGGUCCAAGUACCAACCGCAAAUAGUCAGAUCACCCUUAUUCUCAUCCAUGCAGCUCCGGAAGUUGCGGAUAUCAGUCGCGCAAGCACCGUUCUCUGCGGAGUAAUUUGCAGUAGAGCUACCCUGCCACAAGUUGCUGUCCAUGGGCUGGGCCGGGGCAGAAGCCUGCUGAGGCUCAGCAGGAGCGCUCGACGAGGAACCGCCAGAGAAAAGGCUGCCGAUGGCGUGUCCGAUGGAGGAACCGACUGCUACACCACUGGAUAGAGAAUAAGAGUUAAGCACUCAUCCCAAGGAAACAAGGAGGCCGAAGAAAAGGUGACUGUUUACUUACGCUGCGGUCGAUGCCAUUUGGCCGAAGAGGCCAGGUCCGGAGCUCUGCUGAACAGCUGGGGCCGGGGCCGGGACCGCAGGAGGGGGGGCAUGAUGCUGUUGCUGAGCAGGAUAUGCAGCUGUAGAGUGAGGCUGAGAAUGCUGUUGAGCUUGGGGAGCAGCAGCCGGUCUAGCGGGUGCCGCAGUAGGUCUGGAGGGAGCGCUGCGUGCAGGAGUGGGGGCAGCACCGCGGCGUUGACGAGCCAUAUUAAUUAUAGUUUUUGAAAGACACUGAAAUGGAUAUCAAGGGAUGAGAAAAGGAGCAGAGAUGUUC